AUGCGUGAUAUAUUAGAAGUUGAUAAGCCCUUUGGUGACAAGGUCAUUGUUUUGGGAGGGGAUUUCAGGCAAAUAUUGCCAGUGAUUCCAAAUGCUGGGAAGGCAGAGAUACUUAUGGCCACUUUGAAUUCGUCACCUCUGUGGUACAAAUGUAGAGUGUUGAGACUUACACAGAACAUGCGAAUUAUAGCUGGAGAUAAUAGUCGUGCGAUGCUUGAACGAGCUGCCUUUACAAAGUGGAUCUUAGACAUUGGUGAUGGAAUGAUAAAUGAUGAUGGAAGUGGUGAAGCCGUGAUUGAUAUUCCUGAUGAUCUGGUUAUUAAAGACUGUAAAGAUCCUAUAAAAACGAUCGUCAAAGAAAUUUAUGGGAGUUCGUUUUCGAAAGAGACUGAUCCUAAAUUUUUCCAAGACCGUGCCAUACUGAGUCCAAGAAAUGAUGAUGUAGAGAUGAUAAAUGAUUACAUGCUUUCAAAGUUGUCGGGUGUUGAAAGGACCUAUCUUAGUUGUGAUAGCAUUGAUACGGCUGAAGAAGUUGUCAGUUACAAUGAUGCAUCUGAAGUUCCAUUGGAGAGUGUAGCCAGUAAGAAUACAGGUGGUUCCAACAAUAUGAUUUAUAUCGAGGAGUUUUUAAAUAGUAUCAAGAUGUCUGGUUUCCCUAAUCAUGUUCUGAAGUUGAGAGAGGGUACUCCUAUAAUGCUUCUAAGAAAUAUCAACCCUAAGAAUGAGUUGUGUAAUGGCACAAGACUCAUCAUUAUUAAGAUGGCUAAUUAUGUUCUCCAGGCUCAGAUAAUAACAUGUAGCAAGGUUGGUGAGAAAGUACUCAUUCCUAGGAUAUUCCUCUCUCUUUCGGAGAUGAAACUUCCUUUCAGGAUGAGACGCAAGCAGUUUCCUAUCACAUUAACUUUUGCAAUGACUAUAAACAAAAGCCAAAGACAAACACUCGAAAAGGUUGGUCUGUAUCUUCCAAGACCGGUAUUUACUCAUGGGCAACUCUAUGUCGCUGUGUCGAGGGUUAGACCAUCCACAACCCUGAACCCCAUGAUGGGGUUCAUCAACAUUUUUUAA